AUGUCGUUUAUCGAUCGUCUGGACGUGCUAGGCUGCCAACCAUCGCUUUUCAAGCUGUACACGCAGGUGGCUUUCGUCUACGCAUUCGACGCUACCGACGAUGCAGUUCAAGAUCGUGUUACGACUGCGUUGCGGAAUGGGCUCGAUCGGCUGUCUGCACAGCUGCCGUGGCUAUGUGGUAACGUGGUCAACGAACACUCGGCUCCGCGAACGACGGGCACGUACCGGAUCGUCCACGCUGACGAGAUCGCGCUUGUGGUCAAGCAUCUUGGAGCGAAUGACUCGAGUGAGCCACUCACGCUGGACCGACUUAGGCGUGCUCACUAUCCGUUCUCGCUGCUCAACGAAGAGCUGAUUGCGCCGUGCAUGACGCUGAACCCACCAGGACAAACGCUCGGUCUGGCCGCAGAGAACGCUCCCGUAUUGGCAGUGCAGCUCAACUACAUGUCGGAUGGACUGAUCCUCACUGUGGUGGGCCAGCACAAUGUCAUGGACAUGGUCGGUCAGGCCAACAUCAUCAGCUGGCUUUCCAAAGCAUGUCACGGACAACAAAUGGAUACCGAACAACUCGCUGUUGCCAACAUGGACAAGAGUCAGACCUUGACGCUUUUCGACCAGCGCUGGACACCGGAUCCUGACUGGCUCAACAGUCUGCGAGUGGCGCCUGCUCGCGAUGCGCCAUGCGAUCCAGACUCAUCUACUCGCUCAGGCAAAGUGUCGUGGGCGUACGUAGCGUUUUCUCCGCACUCGGUGCGCGCGCUGAAACAAGUUGCCACACAGACCAAGCAUGCGCAUAGUGGCUAUAUCAGCUCGGACGAUGCGGUGUGUGCCUUCAUCUGGAAGUGUGUGUCUCGCGCGAGAACGGCAAGCAUGGAUGGCGGCAGUUGCACCGUGUUUGCGCGCGCGGUCGACGUUCGAGGACGCAUGAAUGUACCAUGCACGUAUCCUGGCACUUUGACCAACAUGACGUACAACCACUCUACGCUCCGAGACGUUAGCGCACAACCUCUCGGCGUUAUCGCAGCUAGCCUUCGUGGUCAACUCAACUCGUCGCAACUGAGCCACGAUACGCGUGCUCUAGCCACCGUGAUCGAUCGAUUGCAAGACAAGGCGAGCAUCAGCAUCACCGCGCCAGUGGCUGCAUCCACGGGAAUCAUGUUGAGCUCGUGGGCAUCCGUCCAGCUCCACCAUCUCGAUUUCGGCCUCCAGCUUGGCGCGCCCGUUGCUGUUCGACGCCCAUCGUUCGCGCCAGUCGAGAGCCUGAUGUACAUCAUGCCCAAGUGCGCUUCUAGUGGCGCAGUCGUUGGCAUGUGUCUGAGAGACCGAGACUGGGCGCAACUCGAGCGAGAUGCCGAGUGGACUCGACAUGCCACUUUUCUUGGAUGA